CUGUACUAUGGACGUUGUGGUGAGAGCGUACCACACUCUCUUCUAUGAGAGGGCAGACCCGCGCGUGGCCGACUGGCCGCUCAUGACCUCACCAUGGCCGCUCGCCACCAUCAUACUCCUCUACCUGGUGACCAUCAAGAUGGUGGUACCGGCCUACAUGCGGGGCCGACCGGCGUACGAGCUACGGAGCGUCAUGAAAUGGUACAACGUGGUGCAGAUCGUCGCGAAUGCUGUUGUCAGUUGGGGGAUCUUUACAUCAGGCUGGAGUACCACGUACCACCUGGGCUGCGUGCUCCCCGACUACUCCACCAACCCUGAACCCAUGAGGAUGCUCAGAUUUCUCUGGUGGACCAUCGUCCUCAAGAUUCUGGAGCUGGUGGAAACCGUGUUCUUCCUGCUGAGGAAGAGGGAGAGGCAGGCUUCCUUCCUCCACGUUUAUCAUCACUGCAGCACCCUGGUCAUCAUAUGGAGCGGGACGAAGUAUGUUGGAGGUGGUAUAACAUCAUUUGCGCCCAUGUUGAAUACGGCAGUGCAUGUUAUAAUGUACUGCUACUACUUAUUGUCCGCGGAAGGAAGCCCCACUGUCAAGGCUUGCCUUAACAGAUACAAAAAGUGGCUGACCGUUAUGCAAAUGGUACAGUUUACAAUAAUGAUAAUUCACGCUGGCCAAAUACUCCUGCCCAGCUGUCCCGCACCACUGGGUCUCGCCUGGCUCUACUUCCCUAACGUCAUAUUUGUCUACUACAUGUUUUACAAUUUCUUCCGAGAAAAUUACUGCAAGGGCAAGAAAAAGGUUGUGAAGAAUGGUAGGAAGAAGUUGUAAAUAAUUGUGUAAAUAGGCUAUAUUAGUUGAUAAGCAAAAGAUGCUAAUUAAGAUUGAUAAGUAAAUUUUUACAAUAGUAGUAUUUCAGAAGUUUUAUUCUCAGAACAUAUAAAUAAUAGAG